CUCUCUCAUUAAUAUUUGUUCUUCUCAGCUUCGCUGCUUUUAGAUCAUCUCAUUAUACUCUCUCUCUCUCUCUCUCGAACUCAUGCUCGUUGGAGGUCUAAUAGAUUGGUGGGCUUACAGGCAUGAGUUUUGGGUUGGGGACAACGGAGGGGUCGAUUGGUGCACAAAGUGGACUUUGUCUCCCAUAUCCUUUCAAUCAGGGUGUUUCAAACCCUGAGAGCAUCAAUCCACUCAGCAAUCCAUUUGGGUUUCUGGAGCCAUCGAGAUCCGGGUCUGGUGAGAACUAUUGGAGGAGCACCAAAUCGGCAAGAACUGAUGAUUUUGGUGGCCUAAAGACAAUACUGUAUCAACAAGGGACUCCUCUGCUGAGAUCUGAUUCUGGGUACUCUGAAGAAGGUGGACAAACCAUGCUUAGCUUUUCUUCCAGCCAGACAGAACCUCCCUUUCUUUCUACUGGUGAAGAGAGGCCCACUCAAAGCCCAGUCUUUCCCUGCUAUCAACAAGCACCUGGUUGCACCACAAAUGCAGGGUAUGGCUCUGGGGGAUUAAAUGCAGGCAUGCAUGGGCCUUUUGCUAGGUAUAGAGGAGGGUCAUUUACUCCAUCUCAAUGGAUGGAGCUGGAACAGCAGGCCUUGAUCUAUAAACACAUUGUAGCAAAUGUGCCUGUUCCAUCCAACUUGCUCCUCUCCCUCAAGAAAUCAUUCAACCCAUAUGCGUUUUCUGGGUUGUCUUCUGGAUCCUAUGCCCCCAAUUCAUUGGGAUGGGGAUCUUUCCAUCUAGGUUUGUCCGGCAGCGCUGAUCCUGAGCCUGGGAGAUGUCGUCGAACAGAUGGAAAGAAGUGGCGAUGCUCGAGAGAUGCUGUACCUGACCAGAAAUAUUGUGAAAGGCACAUCAGCAGGGGCCGCCAUCGUUCAAGAAAGCCUGUGGAAGGCCAGAUUGGCCAUAUCGUCUCUGGAUCCACCACAACAAAAGUGGUGCCGAUUGCUUCCUCCCAAUCAGCAUCGGUAAUAUCCAGUGGUGGUGCAUCCUACAACCUUGGAGCCAUGCAGCACCAGUUCAACAGCUUACUGCCUAGAUCUGCUAACCCUUCAACAAACACUCUCGUUAGCAGUGACAGGGCAAAGCAUGACCAGCAUCCACUUGGUCAUUUUUUUGGCAAUUGGCCGAAGGACCAUUCUGAUCGUGCCUCUGUUGCCUGGAUUGAACAACUGAAAUCAGACUGGACCCAACUAUCAAUGUCGACCCCUAUCCCUAUGGCUUCCUCUGGUUUCUCGUCAUCAUCAAACUCUCCUCCACAGGACAAAGUCACCCUUUCACCAUUAAGACUUUCUCGUGAUUUUGACUCAAUCCAUAUGGGUUUGGGGGUGAGUAAUAAUCCUAGAGAACCAGAUGAAAAGCAAACAAAUUGGAUACCUAUCUCUUCAUUAGGGGGUCCAUUAGGAGAGGUCUUGAAUGGAACCUCUAGCACUCUGGGAGCCAACAAGAACACGUCGGCUCUGAACCUCGUAUCUGAAGUUUGGGAUGGUAACCCUCAGUUGGGAUCUUCACCCACUGGUGCCUUGCAGAAGGUGACUAACAAGUAGGCCCUUGAGGCUGCUGCUAGCCUUUGUGAUGCUGUGCUUGGUUCAACUAUCGGAAGUUCCUCAUCUAUUCCAUCUUUGUAAUCGUAUGAUGCGAUCAUGGAAGAAUUGAAGAACUUGAAAGAAGAGCAAGCCAAGUCCUAGAGUAGCUUGAGGAAGUUUUUUAGGUUUGAAGUAACUCAAUGGAUCUGUAAUUUCUUCUUUUCUGUCUCUUUACAAUGGUUUGCAAAUGUUCUCAAAGGAGGGAUUCAACCUAAAUCUCGGGUGUGUUGCUGUCUGAUGUUAUUUACUGCAAAUUAUUCUACAUUCGGUAUUGCCUUAACAUAGAAAAAAUAUUGGGU